GUCGUCAACACGCCCACGCCCCCUCUUCUACUCUGUUUUCGACUCGUUCGAUGCGAUAGAUAGGUUGAGAGAGGGUACUGGGAGGAUAUUGGAGCUCUGCUCGAUCUCAGACCCCACUCGCUGCAGAUCUCACUCCCGCAAAAGCCCAAAACACUUCUCGAGGAAACGCCAGAGAGAGAUCCACUCAUCGUGGUUCUGAAGGGGCUUGGGAGGUGAAAGCGAGGAGCUCGGGGACGGAGGUGCUUCAAAGCUCUCCUGAGAGGUUGGAGUCGACGUUAAGGCGGCCAGCUAUAUCGAGAAAAAGGCUCUGAAGGACACUGAGAAACUUGAUUGUUUGGAUCAGACACUUUCAGGAUGUUCUUCCUCCGUCAGCUCUCGCACACGAUCUUACUUCAUCCCUCGUAUUUCGGUGCUCAGCUCGAAGAUUACAUCCGGAAGAAGCUGUACGAGGAUGUGGAAGGGACAUGUAGUGGUAAACAUGGAUACAUAAUAUCAGUCGUCCAGAUCAUCUCUACCGGGGAGGGCAAGAUAUUACCAUCCACGGGCCAAGCGAGAUUCAGAUGCACGUAUACUGCUGUCGUUAUGAAGCCAUUCAAAGGCGAAGUCGUCGAUGGCAAAGUCGCUAAUGUCAACAAGAUGGGUUUCUUCGCAAUGGUCGGACCGCUACAGGUCUUCGUCUCGUCUCAUCUCGUUCACGCCGAUAUGAAAUUCGACCCGAACGCUUCCCCACCAUGUUAUCGAUCAUCCUCAACUGACGAGACCAUCACAAAGGAUACGAAAGUUCGAAUCCAGAUUGUGGGCUGCAGAGUCGAAGCCAAUGAUAUUUUUGCAAUUGGCACCAUCAGAGCAGAUUAUCUCGGUCAAUUACCAGACGAGUGAUGACCCUGCAUUCCUUGACCGUGCGCAGCGUUCUGGGGCAAGAGGCAAUCCCCUUCGAGAUGUCUCUCCUCUGAUCGUAUUGAUAGAAAGACGGAAAAGCUGCUUGUCCAUCAUGAUACAUUUACGAGCCAAGGCGCAUCCUUUCUAGUCUUGUCGAACUCGUUAAACGUGGCAUCAAUCAUAUGAUAUG